AUGGCUCCCUGCAAACCUCGUACCUUCACAGCCGGCCAGGAUCCGUUGACCAAAUUCGAUGGAGCUAUUUCGGUCCGUAAUCUUCCCCGCCCCCCAGACCGCUUGUUCGAGUUUCAGGGUAUCAUGAGGCCAAGUCGCGGCAUCUAUGCCAAGCUGAUCGCAACCGGCCAAAAGCCCCCGACACAUUUCCACCCCUCCCAGUGGGAAUUCUUUCGUGUUCUCCGCGGGAACCUCACUAUCGAGUUCAAUGGGCGUGUCAUUCACAGGACCCCCAGUGAUGGCGAACUGGCGGUGCCUCCCUAUACCCAUCAUGUCAUUUAUGGAACCCCAGGAACGGAGAUGAACGAGGUCGAGUUUGUCGUGAGUGCUAGUGAUCCUGCUGCGGAGGAGCAUGCUGCCGCCUUGAUGGACCAGCGGUUCUUUGAGAACUGGUAUGGGUAUCAGGAGGAUGUUUUUCAACGGGGGGAGAAAUUAGAUUUCGUCCAAGUUCUCUCGAUGUUUGAUGCCGGAGGCACAUAUCUCUCUCCACCGUGGUGGGUGCCCUUCCGCUCGUGGAUCGGGCUGUUCCUGGGCAUUGUGGUGGGCCGGUGGAUCGGAGGGCUGCUAGGCUAUGCGCCCUUUUAUCCAGAAUGGACAACCGACUGGGAGGCAGCCUGUGAGAUAAUGCAACAGAGCUGGUUCCAUCGUCGAUUUGCGGAUCCACAAGCACAAAAGCUAGCACGAGUAAGGUUUCGUGAACAGUUAGAGCAGGAGGCACCAGCCAAGGAGGAGAAGUCGGAGUAG